AUGGCCUCAGAGCGCCCCCAGCUCAUCAACCUGGAUUGGAGGACCCCUCUCAAGUGUGAAGACAUCAUCAUCAAGUUACAAUGCUUUGUGAACCAAAUAGAUGCCAAAGAGCAGGUCUCCAUAAUCAGUUCACAGUCAAAGUUCAGGAAAUUGGAGGCAGUGAACAACGGCUCCCGAAUAUUACGACAAACUAAACAUAGUCAAGUCAAGUCGAUCAAGCCUGCCGAUGACCAUUAUGACACGCAAUACCUCGGAAGACUCUCACAUAUUGCUCAGAUUUGUGCCGAAAAUGCGUGUCUCAAGCGCGUCGACAAGUCUAGGGCCUUCAGCUCUCAGAUCAAGUCGGACGAAAUGAGUCCAGAGCAAGCAGCCAAGGUCUUGAACGAUCUUGCAUUGACACUCGAAGUCCACCCGUUCCUCUUGGGGGUGGAACCAGAGCCAUCAGGCCUGGUCUUCGUACCUGACGGCGUCAAAAUAUCAGCGCAGCAAGCUUUUAGCGCCAGGUCGUUUGCGGAGACCAAAACGACCUUCAGAAAGGCACUCCAUGGCGGCACAUGUCACAACAUCCCUCGUUUGACCACAAAGCUCAGCAUAUUCCAAGUGUCGACAAAUGUCCGUGCGGUCAUCGUCUCCGAGCACCAGAGCAUCAUUGACGAACUUGCCACGUUGUCCGGUGAUGCCCGCCUACGAGGCGUGAUAUUUGUUGCGACAAACGGCUACCCCGACAUUGCCACGCGGGAGUUCUUGAAUCAGCUGUCCCACAACCCUGCCUGCCGUAAAAUUCCUUUUCUCUAUGCCUCGGACGGCGAUCCACAAGGCAUCGAAAUCUACGCCGUACUGAAAUACGGUUCAAAGCAGUGGGCAUUUGCCGCCCCUCAAAUGACGUGCACACCCCUCAAGUGGGCUGGCCUGUCUCUAGGACAAUGGAAAACGUUCGUUGAUGGCUACCGUGAGCGGUAUGUCAAUUCACUAGGGCCGAUGGAACCCGCUAGUAGGCAAGAGGAGGCGAAUCGUGCUAAAAGGCAAGCGAAGGACGCAAAACAAUGGCUGAAGUACUUAAAAUCCCGGAAGCCGACCUUAUGCGACAAGUCAAAGUUGAAAACACUCCUCAAAGUAUACUUCGACGGCAUCGACCGCUCCGAGGAUGAUGUGCGCCUCAAGCUUGAGCGAUUCAUGGACGACGGCCAGGUAAACAGCCAGUAUUGCCACAAGCUCGGUCAACACACUAAUGUUUUCAAUAGAAGCUUGAUUUCUACGACUUGA